AUGUUUGAUUAUGUGGGCAUCGAAGCUGUGCUGGACCAGUUGAAGAUCAAGGCCAUGAAGAUGGGGUUUGAGUUCAACAUCAUGGUGGUGGGACAGAGCGGGCUGGGCAAGUCCACGAUGGUGAACACCCUCUUCAAGUCCAAGGUGUGGAAGUCCAACAUUCCAAACCUGGGGACGCCCACGCCGCAGACGCUGAAGCUGCAUUCCGUGACGCACAUCAUCGAGGAGAAAGGCGUGAAGCUCAAGCUGACAGUGACUGACACACCUGGAUUCGGAGACCAGAUCAACAACGACAAGUGCUGGGACCCCAUCCUAGGCUACAUCAAUGAACAGUAUGAGCGGUACCUGCAAGAGGAGAUCCUCAUCACGCGCCAGCGCCACAUCCCCGACACCCGGGUACACUGCUGUGUGUACUUCGUGCCGCCGACUGGGCACUGCCUGCGGCCCUUGGACAUUGAGUUCCUACAGCGGUUGUGCCGGGCCGUGAACGUGGUGCCUGUGAUAGCCCGAGCCGACAGCCUGACCAUCGAGGAGCGAGAGACCUUCAGGCAAAGGAUCCAGCACAACCUGAGGAGUCACUGCAUCGAGGUGUACCCACAGAAGUCCCUCGAUGAAGACACCAAUGACCGGAUCCUUAACAGCAAAAUCCGGGACCGGAUCCCCUUUGCCGUGGUUGGGGCUGACCGAGAGCACCUGGUGAAUGGGAAGUGUGUCCUGGGCCGGAAGACCAAGUGGGGCAUCAUUGAAGUGGAGAACAUGGCACACUGUGAGUUUCCCCUCCUGAGAGACCUGCUCAUCCGCUCCCACCUCCAAGAUCUGAAGGACAUCACCCACAACGUGCACUACGAGAACUACCGUGUCUGCAGGCUCAAUGAGAGCCACCUGCUGCCUCAGGGGCCCGGCUGGGUGAACCUGGCCCCGACCCCAGCAGGCCGCCCGGCCACCCCCCAGUCCUCGAAGGUGUGCCAGCAGGCCCAGGAUGAUGCCAAGGACGAGGCGUACUGAGCAUCAGGGCAUCCGGGUCCUCAGGACUCCUGUGUCCUUGGCAGCCCCCAGCACACACCUGUGUACCAGAGCAUGUAUUAAAGUUCGACGUUGCUUUUUUUUGAA